AUUGUGUAUUGCACGAGUAGUUAAUGCCACUUUUUUUCCCCAAAGAGUUCUAAUAACUGAACUGUACGCUGUUUUUAUUUAAUGCACGCCGCUACCUUCAUGAAAACUACACGGAGUCUUUGUGGACGCUGCUUUUUUUUCAAGCUCGGAAUGAAUCAUCAUGUCAGAUCAGUGUGAUGAAACGCUUCAUGAAACUGCAGCAGGGGAUUUCCAGGCCCAUAUUGGUGCCAUUGUUUCGGGUGGCCUGACCUGCCUUUCCAUUGGUCUUGGAGUGGAAACUGGACUGUUUGAUGUCUUGUUUUCUCUUGGUCAGCCCAAGACAUGCCAGGAGAUUGCAGAGGCUGGGAAGUACAAAGAAAGAUAUGUCAAGGCAUGGCUGGAUGAAAUGGCGGCAGCUCAGAUUGUUAGCUUUGAUGCAUCUGCUGGGACUUACUGGAUACCGGAAGACCAUUGGCCGGCCUUGAAGAAGGGUGAUAAAUUCAGCAAGGCUGUCCUCUCCACGUUGUCUAUUCCAAUGCUGUCUGAGGCAUUCUGUAGUGUCAAAGAGUGCUUUAAGCUGGGUGGCCCUGCAGGUGUUCCGCCGGAGCAGUACAGCCAUUUUGACCGGUACCUGUCUGACAAAAACUCAGUUUGGUUCAACCAUUAUAUGCUGCAGUCCUUCAUGCCAAGCAUUCCUGGUUUGGUGCACAAAUUAGAGGAGGGCAUAUGCGUCUUAGAUGUUGCCUGCGGUGCAGGCGAAGCGACCAUCGCAAUGGCCAAGCAGUUUUCAAAGUCCCAAUUCUACGCCUUUGACAUCUGUGAAUCGGCAGUACGCACCGCGCAGGCAAAAGUGAGAACUGAGCGGCUGACCAAUGCUCACAUGGUUUGUCAGGACGCUUCGUGCCUGCCCUCUGAUUGGUCGGGAAAGUUCCAGUACAUCAUCAGCCGGUCUGGCAUCCACGACCUUCCCUUCCCUCGAGCCGGCCUGGCCGAGUUGCACCGAGUCUUGUCAGACGACGGUGUCGCGUCCAUACUGGAGCCUGAGUGUCACUCGAGUCUUGCGGCAAACCUAGACGUGGCAUGGGCGGGAAAGCUGUAUGCGUUCAGCCUGAUGAACUGCUUACCGGUGUCUCUCAGCUGCGAGGGGAGCGAGGGUCUAGGAGCAGCUUGGGGCCGUGAGGCAGCGACAGCCAUGCUGCAGGAAUGUGGCUUCAGGAUUGUAUCAGUGUCCGAUGUCCUGGGAGAUAUCACCAUGCAUUUUUACUGCCAGAAAAAGGAGGCUAAACUCGUAUUAUUUGAAGCCUCAUCCGACUCUUCAGACCCAAGCGAAGAUGCCGGUCCAACAAAGGCUGAGGCCUUUGCUUCGGUUAUUGCGGACAAAGGUGGAGGUGGCCUGCCCUCCCUGGCCCUCGCAGUUGGGAGGGACGUUGGACUGUUAGACGUCAUGAUCGCUCGUGGCCAACCAAUGUCUUGCCAAGAAAUAGCAGAGGCUGGCAAAUUUAAAGAAAGAUACGUCAGAGAGUGGCUUGGAGCAAUGGUCACAUCGAGGAUCGUCUGUAUGGAUACCUCUCAUGAGCUGUACUGGAUUCCAAAGCAUCAUGUACCAAGUCUGCAGAGGAGUGGUGUAGGGAGUGACCCGUGCUCCAUCCCAGCAUUAUCAGAGUCAUUCUACAGGCUGGUGCAGUGCUUUAAGCUGGAUGGCCCCCAAGGUGUUUCCUUGGACAAGCACAGCCAACUCAGCAAAUAUACCUGCAACGAUCAUUCCAUCUGGUCUGUGUUUCAGUCGGCAUCCUGAUCUAUAAUUUACAGUAUUCCUGUCCAUUGAUAAAAAGGAAGUUGCUUUUCUUCAGUGUAAUGUUACUUUACACAUUGAUCCGAUCUCACACUUGAGUACACAUGGUGUGCCACAGCGAUUUGAGGGUCAAACGAAAUCGAACUGUUGGCCCAUGUGAUGUGCCUUUGAGUUUACUUGCCCCACUUAAUUAUACCAAAUAGUAGGCACAAUUGCAGAAUUGUGUUCUAAUCAAUGGAAAGGGGGUCAAUGCAGCGAUAGGGGCGGGGGUGAUCUGUUGGUUACUCGGUUUUAAUUCCUUUGUUGGUUUGGUUACACUUGAAUGGUUUUAAGGUUUUAAGGCUUUUUCUUUAUUUUUGACAGUUUAUCUUAAAAUAUUUAAUACAUUUUUUUCGCUGUAAAAUUGUAUGUGUAAAUCUAGUUUAAUCAUUAUAACUGUAUUAUUUAGUGUUCUGUUUUGGAGCUUUCAUCAAUGUUUAGACAUGUAAAUUUUCCAUUUUUAUCUUUUAAAUGGACAAUUAAUGAAUUGAAUUGAAUUGAAUACCCUGCCACUCAUCUAUCUACAACGUAGCUGGCUGCGAAGU